UUCGCUUUUUUAAAAACCCUCUCUCUCUCUCUAUUUCACUCUCUUUUCUCUCUCAGAAACGCAUAGCGGAAUUUCUCACUUUGAUUUAUUUUCUUUCUUCUGUUCGAUAAUAAUAACUUAGAGGAGUGAGAUUGACUGUGACUUCAGUGCGCUAUAAUCUGUUUUAUUAUUCAGAAACGUGUAAGAGGAACAUCCGUUUUUGAGUAAGAGCUCUUGAUCUAGGGUUUUAGUUUGGCGAUCGCUGUUUCUGGAGAGAUUGGUACUGGGGGAAAUGGCGAAUCAGUACGCAGCUCAAGUCACCGCAACUCAGGUUGGGUCGUACUUCGUUCAGCAAUAUUAUCAGGUGUUCCAACAGCAGAGGGAUUAUGUGCAUCACUUUUACAAUGAGUCCAGCUCUAUGGUUAGAGUUGAUAGAGAAAUCAGCGAAUCUGCGUCCGAUAUGGUGAAAAUUCAUCAACUACUCAUGUCACUAAAUUUCACUGGAAUCGAGAUUAAGACAAUAAAUUCCCUCGAAUCAUGGAACGGAGGUGUUCUUGUAGUUGUUACUGGCUCUGUGAAGUCCAGAGAUUAUAACGGCUGGAGGAAGUUUGUUCAGACCUUCUUCCUUGCUCCACAGGAGAAAGGCUAUUUUGUUCUGAAUGAUAUGUUUCAUUUUGUUGAUGAGGAGGUGGUGCACCAAACUUCAGCUCCAGUAGCAGCACAGGAACAGAGUGUUGAUUAUGAGCCUACUGUUUCUACUCAUCUCCCUGAUCCAGCAGUAUCUGAUUAUGGGUUGGAGGAUGAGGCAGCCGAAUAUGUUAGUUCUGUUCAUAUUGAAGGAGAUGAGACAGUUCAAGAGUACACUUUCCAAGAGCAUCAUCAGCAGGAGCCUGAGCCCGAGCUUGAACCUGAACCUGAGCCUGAGCCUGAGCUAGAGCCUGAAGUUGACACACUGGAAGAGGAAACUCCUUUUGAAGAAUCAAGUCCCUUGCUUCAAAGCACAGUAACUACUGUACAAGAAUCUCAGCUUUCCAUGGCAGAACCUGUUGGCGAACCUGAGAAGCUGACAUAUGCUUCUAUAUUGCGGGCUAAAGGAAAAUCUACACCAUCAAUAAGUUCUCAGCCAGCUUACACUCAGAGAAGACCACCAACUGCAGAUUGGAACCAUGUAUCACAGCCUUCGCCAAAGCAGUCAACCCCAAUUCUUUCAAGUCCAGCUGUGGAGGCCGUUGAAGAAGCCUUACCGUCACAGGAAGGAGAAUCCAAAUCUGUGUAUGUGAGGAACUUGCCUUCUACAGUGACAAGUCUUGAUAUUCUGCAAGAGUUCAAGAACUUUGGGAAAAUCAAGCAGGAUGGAGUCUUCUUGAGAAAUCGCGUGGAUACUGGUGUGUGCUAUGCCUUCGUUGAGUUUGAAGAUGUUCAGAGUGUUCAGAAUGCGAUCAAGGCUUCUCCAAUUCAAUUGGCUGGAAGGAAAGUGUACAUUGAGGAGAGAAGACCCAACAGUACUUCUUCUCGUGGUGGAAGAAGUGGAGGAAGAGGCAGAGGGGGGCGAGGUGGAAGGGCUUCUGGAAGGGGAAGUGAGCAAAACGACAGCGACGGGAAAAGAGUCCGAGCUAAUGGUUUCCGGGGUGCUUGAUAUAGUAACUGUCAUAAGAUAACUAGAGUUGGGUGUCUCGCAUGCUGCUCUCACUUUUAAAGUUUUUGUUAUAGGAGAAGCAAAUGCUUCCUUUACCCCUGCUUAUGUUUUGGUUUUCUCCAAAAUGGGAACUUAUAAUGGACAAUUCCUUUGAGUGGUUUUGGUUAAAUGUUUCCUUGCUGUUUAUCUGGUACGCUUUCUGCCCUAGGUUGCUGGACCAAUGUUUUUUAUAAAAAGUAUUUCUGGAUUCAUGGAAACUAA